ACAUACUGGUGUUUGUGCAGGAAUCCCAUUUUUGUUUCCACUGCCAGCCUCAGGUAUGAGGGCCUGCUUAGUAUUCCUUUGCUUACUGGCAACAGCACUUCCCUUGACUGUAACAAGUAAACCUCAUGGAAAGCACCAUGGAUUGCAUAAAGCGUUACAAACAGCCAAGGAAAAGGAUUUAAUCACAGAAGAGACCAACAAGCCCCAGAUUCUCCCCACUGUGAUCACAUUUGAAGCCAGCAGCCAGGAGCAGGAGGAUGAAGAGCUGAGCUCCCAGGACAACGCCAACAAGGAGGAGGGGAAGUCGACAGAAAAAAGAGGGAAAAGCACAGCGGUUCUGUUGAGUGAGGAGGAACUGGUGGACCUCCUGCAGGGAGAGGAGGAAGAAGAGGAUGCAGAGAGAGAACAGGAGGAAGAGGGGCGUGAAGGAGAGGAUGCCGGGAAGGAGGUGACUGAAGAUGAGAAGACUGAGGCAGAAGAAAAGCUGGAUGAGAGCUCAGAAACAGAUGAGGAGGUGAUGGAGGAGGCAGAAGAGGAAAGAGCUGUGGAAGAUGUGAUAGAGGAGGAGGUGGAGAAGAUAUCCAGUGAGGAAAGGAUGGAAGAACCAGCUGGGAAAGAUGAGCAGGUGAUACCGUUUGAGGACAUGGAUGGCAGUGCAGAAUCAGAGAUUCCUGUUAAUCUUGAUUAUGCUGCUGAUAGUGGCAUUCUGCAGCCUCUACACAAAACCCACACCGAGACCCUAAAGUCUGCUCCAGAAAUAGGUAUUUCAGAGACCGAAGAGAAGAAAUCCAAUGAAAAACAACCAGCCGACAUGGACAGUGACCAUGAGCAAAACAUGCAACAGACAGAGGCGGCCGACAGCGAGGAAGUGGUGGACCAGAACAAAGACAAGGAGCAACCAAACAAACAGGCAGAAUUAAAUGUCAAGAAGAAAGAACCCGAAACAAAUGUGGACCCUCAAGAACCAAAGAGCAACGCAGAGCUCGAAUCGAAGUCCCGGCCAUCUGGAAAAGAGGAGGAGAAGAGUAAGAAUGAGAGUGGAAGUCACACAAAGGGAAAGGGCAAGAAGCAAAAGAAAAACCAGAGGGCGAGGAAGCACUCGGUACAAAGAGAUGAAGCACAGCAAGGAGUCAUCCAGAGCCAACAGGAUGCCCCACAGUCUGAUGGGAGCAGCACCGACAACACCGUCCACAAGGCAAAGAGGAGGAGGGCUGGAAAAUGGGGUCCUUUGGUAGGUGUGAACCCAGUGCAGAUUAGAGCGACAGUGGAACUGUUCCCCCGGUCCAGGCCUUCUCUUGGUGGAGGAGCACAUCUCUCUGAAGCCCCCGCUGAUCCAUGUGACAACUUUCGGUGCAAGCGUGGGAAAACAUGCAAACUUGACGAGGACAAUAAGCCAGGCUGUGUGUGUCAGCAACCGUCAGAGUGCCCUCCCAGUGUCAAUGAGUUUGAUCAUGUUUGUGGAACAGACAAUAAAACAUAUGACACAUCCUGUGAGCUCUUUGCUACUAAAUGUAACCUGGAGGGGACUAAGAAAGGACACAGACUUCACCUGGACUACACUGGCUCAUGCAAAGUGAUCCCUUCAUGUGAGGACUCUGAGCUGGUCCAGUUUCCACUACGAAUGAGGGACUGGCUGAAAAAUGUGCUGCUGCAGCUGUAUGAACAUGACGUGGUGACUCCCGGAUUCCUCACUCCGAAACAGCAUUUCAGAGUGAAGAAAAUCUUCGAGAGUGAACGGCGCCUCCAUGCUGGUGAUCAUUCUGUUGAGCUGCUCGCACAGGACUUUGAGAAGAACUAUAACAUGUACAUAUACCCUGUACACUGGCAGUUUGCUCAGCUGGACCAGCACCCUUCUGACAGGUUCUUGUCCCACUCAGAGCUGGCCCCCCUCAGGGUCCCUCUAGUGCCGAUGGAGCACUGCACUUCACGCUUUUUCCAAGAAUGUGAUGCCGAUAAAGACAAACAGGUGUCCUUCAAAGAAUGGACCUCCUGUUUUGGUAUCAAGAAUGAGGAUAUGGAUGCCAAUCUACUCUUCUGAGCUUUGUUUCCAAGAGUAUCUCCAACCAGUGGUUGUGGAAGCUGCUUUAUUACACAGCCA